AUUGCAUACAGUAUAUAAGAGAGAGAGAGAGAGAGGCGGAGAAUUAUGGACGGAGACAGACAGAACUAGCGAGGAGAUGGACAUGGACGGUUCCUUCGUUUCUCCUCCGGCGAAGCGAAUACUCGACCCCAACACUCUCUACACCUCCACCACCCUCCUCAACGCCGGGUCUUCCAAGCGUUCCAAGCCUCCUCCGCCGCCUCUUACCGUUUCCGCUGGCCAAGUACUCUUCCGCCUACUGUGCCACGUUUCACGGAUAGGUGGCGUUAUCGGGAAGUCGGGCGCAGUCAUCAAGCAGCUGCAGCAGGACACCGCCGCUAAGAUUCGGGUGGGGGAGUCGCCUCCAGGCAUAGACGUUCGAGUCAUCACCCUCAUUGCUUCGAAUUCCCUGAACAAGAAACUCGCAUUGAAGCCCUCGAAUGAAGAGGAAGCGGAUUCGGUGACUGAGGUCGUGUCCCCGGCCCAGGAGGCACUGAUUAGGGUUUUCGAGAGGAUUCUAGACGUUGCAGCGGAGACUGAAGGCGUUGCGGUCGCUCCGGGAGGACUCGUAUCGUGUAGAUUGCUGGCCGAGAGCAGUCAGGUCGGUGCAGUGAUUGGUAAAGGAGGGAAGGUAAUUGAGAAGAUUAGGCAGGACACUGGGUGUAAAAUUAGGGUUUUGAGCUCAGACAAAUUACCGGCUUGUGCGUUAUCAAAUGACAAAAUAGUAGAGAUUGAGGGCAAUAUUUUAUCUGCAAAGAAAGCACUUGUUACUGUCUCCCGCUGCCUUCAAGAUUGCCCACAAGUUGAUAGGACAAAAAUGAGCGGAAGUGGGCCUCUUCAGAUACCUCCUCAGGAUACCUUACCCAAUCCCCAAGUCAAUGUCCCUUCUGAGCGGAAUACAGUGCUUCAACCUUUUGCAGCUGGCUUUGUAACAUAUGCCUCUGGAGGUCACCCUUUCUCAUUAGAGCCUGAGAGGAUUCCUCCCCUGAACUCAAGGCUGCAGCAGCAAGAGGUGGUCUUUAGGCUUCUUUGCUCCAAUGAUAGGGUAGGAGGUGUGAUUGGGAAGGGAGGAACAAUUGUGAAGGCUUUUCAGAAUGAAACGGGUGCUUCAAUCAGUAUUGGAGCUUCUGUUGCUGAGUGUGAUGAACGAUUAAUUACUAUUACUGCAAUGGAGAACCGAGAAUCACAAUUCUCUGCGGCACAAAAUGCAUUAAUUCUUGUUUUCAAGAGAUCUAUAGAAGCUGGCAUUGGAAAGGGCCUAGAUGCAGGAAGCAGGGUGUCACCUGUCUCUGCUCGGCUUGUUGUUCCAUCAAAUCAGGUUGGUUGUUUGUUGGGAAAAGGAGGCACAAUUAUUUCAGAGAUGAGGAAGGCCACUGGUGCUGGUAUCCGGAUAAUUGAGCAUGAUCAAGAUCCAAAAUGUGCUUCAGAAAAUGAUGAAGUGGUACAGAUUACAGGCGAGUUUGUUAAAGUGCAAGAUGCUCUAUUUAAAGUGUCUGGUAGGCUGCGAGAUAAUGUUUUUCCCAGUCGGAUGUUAAAUGGUGCUGGAACUAGAAGCAGUUCCUCUAUGAAAAUUGAUACAAGUGCCUAUGAAAGAGCAAGAGAUCCUUCUUCUCUUGGACUACAUACCUCUGUUGGGGCCUCCCACAGUCUCACUAGUCACACUAAUUUAACAAAGAGUAUGGAUCAUCUUGGACUGUCUUACAAAUAUGAUCAUGCGGCUUCACCAAAGUUACGGUCAUCACAGGCAGUAGGUGGAGUGAGUAUAAGGAGCACAGCAGAUGUUGGCCGAGGACUGACUUCUAUUAAAGGUGGCCUAGAACUUGGCAGUGGAAGCAGAUCAGCUAUUGUAAUGAAUACAACGCUGGAAAUUGUAGUUCCUGAAAAUGUUAUCGACUCAGUUUAUGGGGAGAAUGGUAGUAAUCUGGCUCGUAUUAGAGAGAUUUCGGGGGCAAAGGUGCUAAUCCAUGAACCACAUCGCGGAACCAGAGACAGGGUUGUAGUUAUAUCUGGGAACCCUGACGAAACGCAAGCAGCUCAGAGCCUGCUUCAAGCAUUCAUUCUUACUGCACCAUCAUGACAAAGAUAAAUCUGAGUUUGUAACUUUUGAAGAAAACGUCUAGAACCAUGGUCCUGCUUUCUGCUUAGGUUUUUGUUUAUAAUCCAUCCUCCGUACAGCACCGAGCCUGAUCAACCACCAAAGAUUUUGUAAUGACAGGGCAUUACUAAUGUUAUUUGAUUUGAACAGGUGGCGAAAACUGGAAAAUCCAUAUAUGAUGAUGAUGGUAUGGUAGGUUCUCUGUUUUAGGCAACCUGGCCUGGGAGCGUUUUGGUUGUUCUGGCUGUUUUGGCCAGUUUUAGUUUUAGCUGAUGACACGACAUGCAU